CCUCCCCAGAGGGCCUCCCUCCGACUAGAGGCCGGGGCCAAGGUGCCUUUGGCGGCCGCUCUUCCCUUCCAGGAGCCCCGCUGGCGGAGGAAGAAGGAGGCCCCUGGUCCCGGGCCUCGUCGGAUGGAAGCGGAGGAGGGCGCCGCCGUCCUGGGCGGGCUCGGGUCUGGUUCCGGCGGGGCGGCCAGGAGGAGGGCUGCUGCUGCUGCUGCUGGUGGUGUUCCGGGCGGCGUGGGCUGGGCCCUCCCCACCGCCGUCCUCUGCAGCUACGGCUUCUUCGCCAACCUCCGGCCCUCGGAGCCCUUCCUCACCCCGUACCUCCUGGGCCCCGACAAGAACCUCAGCCAGAGCCAGGUCUUCAAUGAAAUAUAUCCAGUAUGGACUUAUUCUUACCUGGUUCUGCUGUUCCCUGUCUUCCUGGCAACAGACUUCCUCAGAUACAAGCCUGUCAUACUUCUGCAAGGACUAAGCCUUAUUGUGACAUGGUUUAUGCUGCUUUAUGCCAAAGGACUCUUGGCAACUCAGUUCUUGGAAUUCUUCUAUGGACUGGUGACUGCAACAGAAAUAGCCUAUUAUUCCUACAUUUAUAGUGUUGUGGACUUAAACUUAUACCAAAAAGUCACAAGUUAUUGCCGAAGUGCAGCCCUUGUGGGUUAUACUGUGGGUUCAGUCUGUGGGCAGAUCCUGGUGUCUGUCGUUGGCUGGUCUCUCUUCAUUUUGAAUGUAGUGUCUCUCACCUCUGUAUCUGUGGCCUUUGCUGUGGCCUGGUUUCUGCCUAUGCCACAAAAAAGUCUUUUCUUUCAUCACCAUCACUCUAAUGCACAGGUCAGUAAGGAGACGAAGGUUGUAGAUUGUAAAAAUGGAACAGUCAUCCAAGAUGAUCCUGCCUUAAAGAGGGUGCCUGGGUGGGAAGAAGUUGAAUCGAAGGUCCCUUUAAAUAUAGAAGAGCAUCCUGAGGAGCAGCAGGAGCAGAAGGUGAACAUUGGAAAAGUAAUAAAAGAGCUCUGGCAGGAUUUCCUUCAAUGUUACUCUUCUCGGACUCUGCUGUGUUGGUCUGUCUGGUGGGCACUUUCAACAUGUGGCUACCUGCAGGUCGUAAACUACAUUCAAGGCCUGUGGGAAAAAGUGCUACCUUCUCAGAGCUUCGAGAUCUACAAUGGUGGUGUGGAAGCAACUUCCACAUUGCUGGGAGCUGUGGCUGUGUUUGGUGCUGGUCACAUAAAAACAUCUUGGGCUACUUGGGGUGAGAUAGCCUUAGCCAUGUUCUCCCUCUUCAUUGCUGCGGCUGUGUAUAUCAUGGACACUGUUCAUAACAUCUGGGUGUGCUACACUGCCUAUGUCCUAUUCCGAAUUGUCUAUAUGUUGCUCAUCACAAUUGCGACGUUCCAGAUUGCUACAAACCUCAGUGUGGAGCGGUAUGCCCUAGUUUUUGGCGUCAAUACUUUCAUUGCCCUGGCAUUGCAGACACUACUGACAUUGAUAGUUGUUGAUGCCAGAGGGCUUGGGCUGGACAUAUUUAAACAGUUCAUGAUCUAUGCUGGUUACUUUGCUGUCAUAUCAAUCAUAUUCUUGAUCAGUGGCACAUGCAGUAUUAUCAUGAAAUACUGGAGAAAGGAGAGGAGAAGAAAUAACACUACAGAAAAUGGUAUUUAACAGUUCAGAAUUUCUACUUGUUCAACAUCUGUGCCCGAGCAAGUGAGAUCUAUUUUAUAUAUGCAGUUUUCUAUUUAUUAAUGUAUACUGAAGCUGUUAUUUCCAGACUGUUACCUGAGCUGUACUUGACCAAUAUUUGUACUAUAUUAGUAGCAUAGGUUAGUAACAGAAUGUAUUGAAAUUUUAUCUUACAUAAGUAAGAAUACUGUUUAUAAAAUCAUGGCCUCAAAUAUGCCAUUUUGACCUGUCUGGGGAAGAUCAAAAGCAUGGUACUGGCUAGGUGAUUCUUCUCUUUCUUUUGUGACAAACAAGCCAUAAAGCAAUCAGUGGAAUUUCAUUGGUUUGUUAAAUUAGCCCAGUCCGUGUUGUUAGUGCUUUUGGUAGACUGGGUCACAAAGGUACUGGAAGAAUUCAGAUAUAAUCAAGAGCUGGAAUCAGUUGUGAACUUUAAGUUGGCAUUGAAAGAACACUGUCAAAGAGACAUGCACUAAUGAAUAGUAAAGUUAUCAUUUUUGCACACAAAUAUUUUCUGCAUUGUUGUAUGUCCUGUCUUGUCUGCCUUUUGGCAUUUCUAAAGCAGGAGUGAGCAAACUGUGGUCCUACAGAUAUUGGCCUGUUACAGACCGCCAAAAUAAAGCUGCUUCAGGUCUCUUUGGAGGUAUG